CGCGUGUUUCGUCAUCGCGCGCGAGAGAUAGUCGAGCGCGCUCGCACUUUAGCGUGACGCUGCUGGUGUAUGUAUACUCGCGAGAACGACGGCUAUGCGAGAACGUCCGCUGCGCUGCUGCAGCUCGAGCCCACAUCUCCGGGAGCGCUCCUCGACGCAAGCACUACGGCCGUAACGAACGAGGCUGGACCGACGAACGAGCUUGUGGUCGAAUCUUUGGCUGAGCUGCAGAUCGACAAGUGUCAGGAUGAGGGUAAUAUUGGUCAAAUUUCGAGAAGUCACCAAAAAAUAUCCUAUCGUCCGGGGGAUGGCUUCCUACACGGUUAUCUGGCCAGUGGCAAGCUUAAUGCAACAGAAGAUUAUUGGUAAAGAACACCUGGACUACAUGCAGGCCAUGAGGUUUAGUAUAUAUGGCGGCUUCUUUGUUGCUCCAACAUUGUAUUGCUGGUUGAAAUGUGCAUCACACUUCUGGCCCAGAGCUGAUCUUAGAUCAGCUCUUACUAAGGCUCUUGUUGAACAAGUUUCCUAUGGACCAGCUGCAAUGUGCUGUUUCUUCUUUGGAAUCAACCUCUUGGAAUUUAAACCUAUAUCUCAUUGUAUAAAUGAAGUCAAAGAAAAAUUCUGGCCAACCUACAGAGUGGCAAUAUGUGUCUGGCCUAUUCUUCAAACAGUCAAUUUUCUUUUCAUACCAGAGAGGAAUAGAGUAGUUUACGUUAGUAUAUGCAGUCUUAUGUGGACUUCCUUCCUUGCCUAUAUGAAGUCUUUAGAGGGUAGGCGGAUGGCCCUUACCUCGGAUGAAGCUAGUAUAAAGGAACAAAUUUUGGCAUACAAGUCAGGAAAAGAACGAACAAUCGUAGAAGAUGAAAACUUUACAUCUGCUCUACGAUAAUGUUGCAUUGUUAUGCACAAAAUUUUCUCUAGCUUAAUUUAUGUGUACAAAAUGUUUAUUUUAGUUAUUCAAUUUUAUUUAUAUUUUGUUACAUAUGUUACAAGCCUUACUACUUCAGUACAAGUGGCUAUCCCUCAAAGUUUUUAUUGUCAAUUUUUGUUCAAAGACUAGAAAAAAUGUUGUGACUUCAUCUUGAAUACUAAGAUGAAGUUUGAAAGUAUUCAAACAGAGUAUAUUUUUACACUCUGUAUAAAUAAAUGUUAUUUGUUGAGAUAAAUACAUAGAUAGUAAGUUUAUUAUUACUUUGAUGAAUUUAUGAAAAAAUUAGAAGUAUUUUAACUACCUUGUUAUUUUAAUUAUAUGGUGUGACAAUAUUAAUGAAUUAUAUUGAUGUGAUUAAAAUUUAAGAAACUGGUGAGAAAGUGCCAUAAUGAUUAUUUAUAAUCCUUCAAUAUAAAAAAAAAAUCAAGAAUAAAAAAUGGUUUUAUA